UUGACUGAAACAUGGUGCUCUUGCUUAGAAUGUAUACGUUGAAGAGGCAUCUUCCAUUCUCUGGACAUGAGGGGCUACAGGAACUUAAGAAAAUAGCUGUGAAGUUUGAAGAGAAGAUCUAUACUACCGCCACAAGCCAGUAUGAUUAUCUGCGUAAGAUAUCCCUGAAGAUGUUUGCUAUGGAGACUAGAUCGCAAAAUCGCAUGCCAGAUGCUAUGCAGGCAAACUCCGCUGCUAAUAGUAUAAAUCCCUCAGAUCCUGGUUCUCAAGUCACGACACAAGCGAAUAACCAAGGGCAGCAGCUUCCUAUUCCAAUGCCCCCCAAUGAUGCUCAAACAGGACAGCAGAUGAUGUCAGUCCCAGGUUUUUCUGGUUUAUCAUCUGCAUUGCCACCUGGCAAUGGCUUACCACAAUCCACAAUGGCAAAUGUUGUUGGCCAGAAUCCAAAUUUACAGAAUAUUCAAAACAUGUCUGGAGUUCAACAAGCAUCUGUGGGAAAUGCAAUGGGCCCCAAUACUUUUGCAAGUCAAAGGCAGAUACCUGGAAGGCAACAACUUGCUCUGCAACAGCAACAACAACUAGAUAUGGAUACGAGUAAUGGGAGGUCUACUCAAGGUCCACAUGGUGCUAUUGGUGACUCCGUGGAAUCUGGUGAUUGGAAGGCUCAGCUGACAGCAGAUUCACGGCAGAGUAUUGUGAACAAGAUAAUGUAUACGUUGAAGAGGCAUCUUCCAUUCUCUGGACAUGAGGGGCUACAGGAACUUAAGAAAAUAGCUGUGAGGUUUGAAGAGAAGAUUUAUACUACCGCCACCAGCCAGUCUGAUUAUCUGCGUAAGAUAUCCCUGAAGAUGCUGACUAUGGAGACUAGAUCGCAAAAUCCCAUGCCAGAUGCUAUGCAGGCAAACUCCGCUACUAACAGUAUAAACCCCUCUGAUCCCGGCCCUCAAGUCAUGCCACAAGUGAAUAAUCAAGGGCAACAGCUUCCUAUUCCAGUGCCUUCCAAUCAUGUUCAACCUGGACAACAUAAAUCCAAAAUCUCUCGCAUAUAGAAAAAUGACGAUAUUUUAUUGAUUGAAUGUUCGAAUAUUUGCAAGAGAGGGACCGUCGGAUUGUUGAGCUAGUUACUAAUGUUUCAAAUCAUGUUGAUAUACAUUGGAUUAAUUCAGUGAUUCUAUCACUUCUCCA